UUUAUUUGCAAAAAGAGAUUAUUCUAAAGCAAAUAGUAGAGCUCCGGCGAUGGCGCUAUCACGACUCUCUUCGCGAUCCAACACUUUCCUGAAGCCGGCGAUCACCGCCUUACACUCUCCCAUUCGCCGUCAUGUUUCCACGGACACAUCACCGAUCACAAUCGAAACCGCCGUCCCUUUCACAUCGCAUCUGUGUGAGUCGCCGUCACGAUCCGUCGAGACUUCAUCGGAGGAGAUUCUCGCGUUUUUCCGUGACAUGGCUCGGAUGAGGAGGAUGGAGAUCGCAGCAGAUUCUCUCUACAAGGCCAAGCUGAUCCGUGGAUUCUGCCAUUUGUACGAUGGUCAAGAGGCUUUAGCGGUGGGAAUGGAAGCGGCGAUUACCAAAAAAGACGCGAUUAUCACUUCGUACAGAGAUCACUGUACUUUCAUAGGUCGUGGUGGGAAGCUUGUUGAUGCGUUCUCCGAGCUUAUGGGAAGAAAAACUGGGUGUUCUCAUGGUAAAGGAGGAUCUAUGCAUUUCUACAAGAAAGAUGCUUCCUUUUACGGUGGACAUGGGAUUGUUGGUGCUCAGAUUCCAUUGGGAUGUGGUUUGGCCUUUGCUCAGAAGUAUAAUAAGGAUGAGGCUGUGACUUUUACCAUGUAUGGUGAUGGUGCUGCGAACCAAGGACAGUUGUUUGAGGCUUUGAAUAUUGCGGCUUUGUGGGAUUUGCCUGCCAUUCUUGUUUGCGAGAAUAACCAUUAUGGAAUGGGAACGGCUACAUGGAGGUCAGCUAAGUCUCCGGCUUAUUUCAAGCGUGGAGACUAUGUUCCUGGCUUGAAGGUGGAUGGUAUGGAUGCACUAGCUGUGAAACAGGCGUGUAAGUUUGCCAAGGAACAUGCGCUCAAGAAUGGACCCAUUAUCCUUGAGAUGGACACCUACAGAUACCAUGGUCACUCGAUGUCUGACCCAGGAAGUACCUACCGUACCCGUGAUGAAAUCUCUGGCGUGAGACAGGUGCGUGAUCCAAUUGAAAGGGUGCGAAAGUUGCUCUUAUCUCAUGACAUAGCUACAGAAAAAGAGCUAAAGGACAUGGAGAAAGAGAUAAGAAAAGAAGUAGAUGAUGCCGUCGCUCAAGCCAAGGAGAGCCCUGUACCAGACUCAUCUGAGCUAUUUACAAAUAUGUAUGUGAAAGACUGCGGAGUUGAGUCGUUUGGAGCAGACCGAAAAGAUCUCAAAGUAACACUUCCAUAAAUCUUACUUCGACAGAGAAGAUGAUGGUUCAAUAAAUUUUUAAAGGCAAGGGCAACAUAAAUCAAUUUAACUUGUCACUUGCUACCAAAACAUUUCUGGUUUGUUUUUCUUUUUUUAAGCUUUCAUUGCAAGUGCAAAAGCCAUUGCUUGAGUUUGCCAACUUUUGUUUCCCUUAACACACACACUCCAACAUUGUGAUUGACACACCAAGCAAGAAGCUUCAGACAUCAUCACUCUCUUUGAGAAACAAAGAUAAAGAGUAAUAAGAAGAUAGCAGUUAA